UAAAAGUUUCAAGAUUAUUCUAUCUCCAACUUGCUCCAAUUUCUUACUACUAGUAUAUAUACAUAUGCUCGUCUUCAUUCACCAUCAUAAGCAUCCUAAGUCCUCAUUCGAUUUCAAACUCGAAAAGAGCUUACUGAUAGCAAAAAAAUUGUUUAACAAGGUCCAAAUUUUUACAAGAAAUGGAAGGAGCAGAUGCAUUCAGAUCCUUAAAGUGUAUGCUAGGGGAUCAUGUCCUUAAAAUUGAGUCGUCGAUAAAUGAUCAAAACAAACUUGUGAAGUUAUUACCAGCACCAUCUAGCCGUAUUGCAGAUGGGUAUAACUCGAAAAAUAUGAUGCAGAGUAAAAAAGAAUCAGUUAUCAGCACAAUGAACAAGCUCGCAAAAGGGAAGCUGAGUUUAGGAGCAAAUAUUCUGCAAGUAGGUGGGGUGGAAAAAGUAUUCAGAAGAAUAUUUACUGUCAAUGAAGGAGAAAAGCUUCUGAAGGCUUCUCAGUGCUGUUUGUUCACCACAGCCGGAGCUCUUACAGGCCGCCUUUUCAUCUCCACGGAAAAUCUGGCUUUCUGCAGCGACAAAGCCAUUGCCAAGUAUUCUUCUCCUUCAGGGAAAACUUGCAGAUAUCAUUACAAGGUUGUAAUUCCUCUAAGAAAUUUCAAGCAAGCCAACCAAAGUGAAAAUGUGAAGAGGCCAUCGAAAAAGUACCUACAAGUUGUGACCAAUGAUGAGUAUGAGUUCUGGUUCGCGGGAUUCCUGAAUUACAAGAAAACUUUCAAAAGCCUACAGCAAGCAAUUUCCGGGACUCUAUGAGCCUUAAUUAGAUGAGAUCGAGUGAAUGAAAGUUUGACAUGGAUCAGUAGGAAAACCAUUUAUUUUUCCACAAUGAUCAAUCAGGCUAGCUUUCUGUAGAUAUAUAUGUAUACAAGAGUAGCUUUGUAAAUGCUGUUUAGGAUUACUGAAACAUUUUAUCUUCAGUAAAUGAACCUGUCCAUGCAGCAGUAUUAAGUAGACAAACAUUGUAUAACUCAAAUUUCAGAAACAGGAUGGUUUAAACUUUAAACCAUCUCUGAUUUGAUGAAUGUUCGAAUAAAUGAUUAUGAUUUGUGAUUUGAUAUGGUUAUCUUUAGGCCUUACACAGACGUAAUA